AAAUUAUUAAAUGAUAUAAAUCCAAAAUUUUAAAAAAAAAAUCCCCCAGAUAUUAUAUAUAAAGAAUUACGCUCAAAAAACCAAAGCUCAAAUCCCAGACCUCAGAUCGACUUCAACCAAUCCAAUUCCAAACCCUAACCCUAACUGCAUCACUCGAUUGAUCCGCAUCUGGGCGAUAAAAUGGAGAAACUCCAAGGUUCUGCUCGUCUCAUGAUCGUUUCAGAUCUCGACCACACAAUGGUUGAUCACCAUGAUACUGAGAAUCUCUCACUGCUUAGAUUCAAUGCUCUAUGGGAAUCCUUUUACUGCCAAGACUCACUGCUGGUGUUCUCAACUGGGAGGUCACCGACACUUUACAAGGAGCUAAGGAAAGAGAAACCGAUGCUGACUCCGGAUAUAACUAUUAUGUCUGUGGGCACCGAGAUCACCUAUGGAGAAGCUAUGGUGCCUGAUGAUGGCUGGGAGCAUGUUUUGGAUCAGAAAUGGGAUAGAAACGUUGUUCUUGAAGAGACCUCGAAAAUUCCUCAGCUCAAGUUGCAGGCAGAAACGGAGCAGAGGUCGCACAAAAUUAGUUUUUACGUGGACAAGGGUGUUGCCCAAGAAGUGACGAAGACUCUUUCAGAACGUUUGGGGAGCCGUGGGUUGGAUGUGAAAAUCAUUUAUAGUGGUGGCAUUGAUCUUGAUAUUUUACCACAAGGAGCUGGCAAGGGACAGGCUCUUGCAUAUUUGCUGCGCAAGUUUAAGGCAGAGGGAAAGCCACCAGCGAACACUCUUGUUUGUGGGGACUCGGGAAAUGAUGCUGAACUAUUUAGCAUUCCUGAUGUUUAUGGUGUUAUGGUCAAUAACGCACAAGAAGAACUGUUGCAAUGGUAUGCAGAAAAUGCGAAAAAUAACCCUAGAAUAAUUCACGCAAAGGAACGUUGUGCUGCUGGUAUUAUUGAGGCUAUUGGCCAUUUUAAGUUAGGUCCUAAUACCUCGCCGAGGGAUGUUAUGGACCUCUCAAGCUGCAAAUUAGAAUCUUUCAGCCCUGAGCAGGAAGUAGUUAUGUUCUACUUAUUGUAUGAGAGGUGGCAUCGAGCUGAAAUUGAGAAGUCUGAGAUGCCUAUUCAGUAUCUAAAAAGUAUCUGUUGUCCAACUGGAACUGCUGUCCAUCCUUCUGGAGCUGAGCGUUCUCUUCAUGAAUGCAUAAAUAUAUUUAACCAAUGCUAUGGUGAUAAAAAGGGGAAACAGUUUCGUGUGUGGAUUGAUAAAGUAUCGGCUUCACAAGCAGAUUUAAAUACUUGGCUGGUGAAAUUUGAUAAGUGGGAGCUUUGUGAUGAAGCCCGACCGUGUUGUGUGACUACCAUUAAGCUGAACAUAAAGCCCGAGGCCCCAAGAGGUUUUGUUCUGACGCAUGUUCAUCAGGCAUGGCUCGAAGGAUAUGCAGCCAGUAAUCCGUCCACCUGGAUUUUUUAAGUAGUUAGCUUGUCACGGAAACUACUGAAGGUUUGAUCUAUGAAGAAAUAAUGAUAUUACUAUCCGCUAAUACUCUAUUUUGAAGCUUUUAUUCUGACAGCAUUGUAUUUGAAAUACUUGUUCAGAUGGCAUCUUUAACGUCAUCCGCUAUUUCUGUGAUGCAAAAUUUGUCAGUUUACCUAUCAUUUCUGAGGGAAGUGAAUAAGGAAAAUGGUCACAGUUUUUCUUUUGAUUA